AUGUCGGCGGUCAAGUUGACUCCAGUGCCCGUCGUGGACGGCGAGGCUACAACCGCCGCGGCACCUGUAUCUGUACCUGCACCUCAAAUCAAAGAGAAACAGGCCACGGUGCCGUUUCGGUAUCAGUUCCUGGCAGGUGCUGUCGCUGGUGUUAGUGAGAAUUCAACCUCUAGACAGUACACCGGGAUGAUUGACUGCGGGAGGAAGAUCCUGUACCAGGAAGGGAUCCGGGUCUUUUACAGAGCCAUUGGAGCUCCUAUACUCAUGGAAGCACCAAAAAGAGCAACCAAGUUCGCCUCCAACGCCGCCUUCGGCAACUUCUACCAGAAACUCUUCGGGCAGGAGAAGAUGACGCAGCCGCUGUCGAUCGUGACGGGGGCCAGCGCGGGUGUCGCCGAGAGCUUUGUCAUUUGCCCCUUCGAGGUGGUCAAGCUGCGGAUGCAGAACCCGGCCAACGCGAGCCAGUACAAGAACGUGGUCGACUGCGUGGGCAAGCUGGCGCGGAACGAGGGACUGUCGGUGUUUUUCCAGGGGUUCGAGUGCACCAUGUGGCGGUCCGUGGUGUGGAACGCCGCCUACUUUGGGUGCAUCUUCCAGAUCCGCGCGUUGCUGCCCAAGGCCGACACAAAGGCCGGGCAGAUGACCAACGACCUGAUCGCCGGCAGCCUGGGCGGUACGGCCGGCAUCUUCGUCAACACCCCCUUCGACGUGGUCAAGUCGCGCAUCCAGAGCGUCGCCACCUCCCCGCACCAGGUCCGCAAGUACAACUGGGCCUUUCCGGCAUUAGCCACCGUCAUCCGCGAGGAGGGCGUCAGCGCCCUGUACAAGGGACUCGUGCCCAAGUUGGCCCGCUUCUGUCCCGGCGGAGGGAUCUUGUUGGUCACGUACACGACCGUGAUUGACUUUUUGACGACCAUGAACAACAAAGCGAGGUCUUGA